CAAACUCGUCAGAUAGCUAACGCGUAGCUUCGAGCACGUGGUUGUAUUCAAAUAAUAUUGGUCGUCAAAACUUUAUAAGAGGUUCUCUGUUAAAUAGGUUGGUCGCGGUGCAUAAAUUCCUGUGUUAAGGCCGCUUCAUUACUAGUAUAUCAUCCAAUAAGUCAGAAAAAUGUCUUAUCCUAAAGAAGUCGGUGGUCUGAAGCUGGGCAGUUUGCUUAUAGAAGGCAAGACAAAGCAAGUGUUCGAUUUACCCGAACAGCCAGGCCAUUGUCUACUUUUGAACAAGGACAGGAUCACCGCGGGAGAUGGCGUCAAAGCGCACGAUCUGGAAGGCAAAGCGGCCAUAUCUAAUCAGACUAAUGCUAAAGUUUUUGAAAUACUCAAAACUGCCAACAUCAAAACAGCGUUUGUCAAAAUAGCGUCACCCACCGCUUUUAUAUCAAAGAAAUGCGACAUGGUACCAAUAGAGUGGGUGACGAGGCGGCUGGCCACCGUGAAAGUUAACGAUGUUGUGAUUGGUCAAGAUGAAGUGGACUACAUGAAGAAGGUUACAGUAUUGGUCUUCGAAAUACUAGAGAAAGCAUGGGCAUUGAGAGACUGCGCUCUUAUCGAUAUGAAAAUAGAGUUUGGAGUUGAUACUGAAGGCAACAUUCUGGUGGCUGACGUCAUCGACUCUGACUCCUGGAGGUUGUGGCCUUCGGGAGAUAAGCGUCUAAUGGUCGAUAAACAAGUGUACAGAGACUUGAAGAAUGUAACCGCGGCUGACCUUGACACCGUGAAGCGUAACUUUGCAUGGGUCAAAGAUCAGCUGGACCACCUC